CUCGUCCAUCACGCGGCAAUGGAAUGGACAGCAAAAAGCAUCAAGAGUCACGUUAGAUGCUGUGAACUGCGUAGAAUAUGGCGCCUUUAUCCGGCUUCUUCUACUUCUCUCUCUUCUAUCUACUCCACAUCACUAGUGCUAAGAACUGCACUAAAGAUGACAUAAAGGAAUAUUCACUGCCUUGCGAUCAGAAGACAAGAAUGCGCAAAGUUGUCACCUUUGUCGACAACGAUUGCACCUUGAAAGAUCUAAAUCUUAUUAAAAAUCCUACAUCCGUACCAUGUGCUUGUCCGCCGGGCCAAGGCCUGUCAAAAAGUAAAUGUGUUAUAUGUUCUCCUGGGUCCUACAGCGUAGGGGGAGAAGAUAUCAGUGACUGGGGAAGUUGGACCAAAAAUGGAACAGUUCCACCAACAGAGUCUGGCAUUACUACUUACUGUGAAACCCAUCGCAGUUUUGUCAAGCCUUGCGAACACUGGAGAGCAAGCUAUUUCAAUGACAGCUUGGACUCAGGUGACAAUUCCAAAACAAAGUGCAUGAGUUCUGUUCUUACCAUGAGAAAGCAGUUUGUUGAACCAAACAGCUAUGUACAGUUUGAAUACAGAAUUGAAGGGAGAAAGUGUUACAGUAGUUACGUUGGGUGUGACGGCUUGGCAUUUUAUGUUGACAACACGGAGAUAAUGACUUUCACUGGAAAUCAAUUUGUUUGGAAGAUAGCAAAAUACAACGUGACCACAGGUUUCCAUCAGCUGAAGUGGGUUUACCGCAAGAACUGUUACGGUCUUUCUUACCGAGGAGUAUCUGACAAAGCCUUCAUCAGGUCCAUUACACUGGUUGGCACUCUGGCACCACAGACUACCUGUACACCAUGCCCUGCAGGAAGCUUCAGCACUAAAAAAGAAGCUAAGGAAUGCAUAAAAUGUUCUUACUUUCAGUACCAGCCCCAAGCAGGAAAAACGUCUUGCCAGUCCUGUCCAUCAGAUCAGUAUUCUAUGUUGGGGUCAGCUUAUUGCAUUCCUCUCAUAAACUGCACCAAAGAUGAUUUGAUCAUGGCUCCAGAUAAACUGAAAACCUGUGUAUUGAAAAAAGACAAGUUUUACAGGAAAAUGACUCCCAUUUACUCAAGUGUUAUGGUCAGCGGAAGCACCCAUAAGCUCUGCCUACCAACAGCACAUCUAGAGAAGACUCGGGAUGUCCCAUGCCGAUGUCAACCUGGUUAUCAGUUAAUCAACGAUAAACGCAAAGCAGUGUGUAAACCGUGUGAAGAAAACCAACACUCUGCAGACGGCAUGAAGUGCAAGGAUUGUCCUAGUGGAUAUGUUACCUUGAGGGGUAAACACUACUACAUAUGGGUCAAUGAUACUUUACCAGAUGGGAUCACUGCACAAUGUACUGGUGACUGUAGUGUGAAGAAUGGAUGGAUACCAAGUGGAGACCACGUACGAACCAGUCGAGUCGUAGGUGAUGUCUUGUCCAACAUAAACACAUAUGUAUACAAUGUCGUCUCGAACAUUGCUCGCAUCAACUUCACUUGUGCUGUAGUUUGUAACAUCUCCCAACCAAACAUCUGGGUUUCUGGGAAUCACCUGGCAGACAUAGGCCAGUGUAACUUGGUGUUUCGAAUCUGGGCGUCCAAUGGGACGUUGAUAGAUCAGAUGAACUGUACUAAUCCAAAGGGUAGAUACGUCUAUAGGCACGAAAGGAACAGAGAUGGAAAGCUAGUGAAGCAUAGCUAUCCUCUCAAGAAAGGAAGUUAUCGAUUCAGUUGGACAUUCAACCAAGGGGACGAGCUCAGAUCAACUUCGGCAGCUUUCGAGGGAAAAUUGUACAACAUAAGUAUCGUUGGUAUUGAUAAAGGCUCUGCCUUGGACUGUACUCCUUGUGGAGCUGGUUCUUACAGCAUUAGUGGCAACACCGACUGUAGUCUCUGCCCUAAAGGUACCUAUAGUGAGCAGGGCUCCAGUAAAUGCAAACCUUGUCCAAAUGGAACCUUUGCCGAUGCUCCGGGCAGCGGACAGUGUCUACCAUGUGGCGCUAACACCUUAAGUUUACCAACCCGGGAUGGCUGUACCAACAACGAAUGUCAGUUUUCACCAGCCAAAGACGUAGACUACGAUUUCACCGAGCUCUCACGAGAAGACGGGCCUAUGUUUGAAGUGUUGGCUUACCAACAACGACGUAAUCCCGCAAGCAGGCGUAUUUCCAGCUCAGGAAGAGGGACACCAGGAAGACCUGGAGGGCGGACCAGUUUGCGCAGACUAAGCGCCUAUUCUAUUUGGCCCCCUUAUAGACGACGAUAUUACGUCAAUUUAUGCACAGUGAAGCACGAGAAUACUACAUGUACGUUCCUUAACACCAAGACAGGCGUGAAGGAAAGCCUGCCCGUCAUGGGCUGUCGAACAAGUUGGUGGAGCCAACGGGAUACUAGCAUUGGGCGAGUCAUUGGAUUCAAGCCAAAAGCCGAAGACGUGCGUUCAGGAGUGAUGGUUGAACUGUUACAUGGAGAUAGAUGUUACUCUGGGAGAGGAAGCCAAAGUAAAUAUAGCACAACGAUAGAUCUUCAGUGUGACGUCGAAGCUGGAGUUGGCAGCCCAGGACCUGAGAGUAACUAUACCCAGGUCCUACGGCGAUGUAACUACUACUUUGUAUGGAGAUCACUCUACGCAUGCCCAAAGUGCAGAAAACAAGACUUUGAGAAAGUCCAGCACCAGUGCGUGGAUGGGGUUGCAAACGUGACGAUCUCGAGGAAGGUGCCAUGUUGGGGGAUGGUGGGUGAUUUAGAAGCAGGCGUUACUAAUGUAUCCUGUGCGACUUCUAUCACAUCCAAGUUAGUCAAAGUGCAGUCUACUGUCAAUAAAGUCCUCAUCGGGGUGGGAGUGGUCGUAAUCAUCGCUCUCAUCGUCAUUGCUGGCUACUUUUUCUACAAGCACAGAGACAUAAGGUAUAAAUAUUACAGCGCACUUGCAAGGAAUAAACCAAUGAGUAAGCUGGAGGAGGAAGAGGAAGAUUAUGGUAACGUGGAAGGAGAUAUGUUCCAUGAAUCACGCAAUAUUGUACGUGGUUGAUACCUGUUUGCGUGACUGACAAAACCUACUGCGCACAAACCACAAAACAUCUCUUAUUUAAAAACUAGUCUUUAUUUUCAAAGUUAGGGCGAUUCUUUCCGUUUUACUUUCUUAUUUUAACGUGCUUCUUCCAAGAAACUUUAAGUCCCUAAUAUUGAUUGCGGAAAGCGUUUUAACCGAUUUUUUUCCCGAUCCAACAUGUCGUUAGUGUCCGACGCCUGUCCGAGAAUUUCCGAGUAUGCGCAGUAAUUUUUAUAUCUACGUCGUUCAGGUUGAUAUUCGUAAUAAGGUCAUCGUCGCCACAUUGGUCUGUUGUCAUGCACACCAUCAUGGCUGCAAUUUCUUUUCUCGACAACUAUACACUCAUUGAAAAAAGAUUUUUAGUCAUUUCUAAUCAACUUUUUAAAAAACGUCAUCUUGUAGUAAAAGCACUAGUUUUUCAUUAAGUAGCAAGUUAUUUUGAUUCAAACGGUCCGUUUCGCUUGACGCCAUAACGUCUUGCAUUAAGACCACUUGACUGAGGACUUUUGCGACAUUGAAUAUGGAUAAAGUUAUUCUUUAUGAACUGCUGUAUAAAUUCCAUUUUUCUAACUUUGGCCUCUCUAAGCAUUCGGACAUUUUAGCUGUUUUUUAUCCUUCGGGCAGACAGUCCACAAAGAGUCGUUCAUUGAUAGAACAGAAGCCACACUACCACACAAAAUGACUUGGUCUUCCUUGUCGAAGUAGAGUCGCACCUUUCAUAGAUGUAAAAGUUUUAGUUAUCAACUUUUCAAUUUUCUUAGAAAUCUCGUUUAUUACUUGUUACUUUAAGGAUUUUAUUGUUUUUAUUAUGUAAGUUUAGUUUUAUUAGUUCCGGAGUUGCAUAACGCAUUGCAUCAUGGAGUUGUUUUAGAGGAGGCUUUAGCUUAUAUCUGGCCGUCUUUUUCGCUUGUUGAUAGUGAAAUGAAGGAAAAGGGGCAGGAAGCUUUAAUUAUCAUUUCAAUUUUCAAAUUUCUUUCAUUUUUUGAAACAUCCUACCUAUAUAUAGGUCUCAAAGUCUUGAUCUGAUUGGCUUUCUAAUAGCCAAUCAGAACAGGACUAGUAAAAGUACAAURAAUGUGUUUUAAAUUAUAUUUAGUAUUAUCAUUUUAGCUAUUUUAUAAUUAAGUUAAAACCUAUUUUAUCUGGAAGUUCCUCGCAUAAAGCCCUAUGUGCCAUUUAGGUGCGAGGAGGACAGGUACAGGUCCUCGCAUCCGAACAAAACAUGGGCCGGUUCAAGUCAAGAUUUUGGGAGAUACCACAAAAGUGGAAUAACCUCUAUUCUCAUUGGCGUGAAUCGGCCUUGCAGGUUUUUCUAGAACCAGGUGAUCUCGGGAAACGCGCACAAGGGAUUGUUGUAAUUGAUCAGGCGGUCCCAAUUUCAGUCGUCUAUCGGCAAACAAAGAGCUAUCAUUUCACAAUAAUUUCAUAAAAGAUUUGAAACCACAAGCACCAUUUGACCCAUAGGUAUUAGUUCUAAGAACAGGUAGAAUUUUAAAUGCAUUGCUAGUCAAUAACGUAGCUAGGAAAGCAAAGUUUCAAAGUUAUUUUCUCUGACUGCAGCCGCCAUGUUUCCCCCCGGUAGAUUCGAUGGACCGCCUGAUCAGAGUUCUUUCUGCGAGCUGAUUGGCUGGUUUUUGAUGGGCUGUCAAAACGAGAUCAGAUCAGGGCCAGGCCCAGCUCAGUAUCGCCCGUACAAAGCUACGCUUGGAUUGGGAACAAAACUGACGAAAUUAGUCUUCCAGAUGAAUGUAUUUAUUAGUCUAAUUUAAUAGCAAAGCUAAAGAAUGUAAAAUGAUCAAGUAACUUUCUAAUGUAAUAAAGUUCGUAUGUAUUUAGCGUGUCAUUGAAGUUAAGUGUAUAGUUGUAAAGAGAUGCUUCUGAGGUGGGAACCGAAGUUUUAGGAGAAUUGUCAAAAGCGCGCAGACGAAAAAAAUAUUGGUAGAUUCAAAUACAUAUUCAUGUUUGCCUUCUA